AUGCGCCGUGCGGGCGGAGUGGCUUGCCGAUGGGGACGGCGACCCAUCGAGUUCACGGUGGGGCAGUACAAUAUUUUAGCCGGAUAUCUCGGCAACAACAUGGAGCCCUGGUUCCUCUACGGUGUCAACAUGCCCGACGAGCGCCGUCGGGCCAUCUUCCGUAUGCAUCGAGAGAAGCUGCCAAAUGGGGACCACGCCAACUUCGGUUGGCCAAAGUAUGUCAAGGGCAUCUUGUCAGACGAGGAGAUUCGCCGUGUGGAGCAGAUUCAUCAGCAGCACUUCGCAUGGGAACAGCGUCGCUGGCGACUGCUGGAGGUCAUCCAAGGCAUGAAAUGUGACCUGCUAUCCCUGGUGGAGUGCGAUCAUUACCAGGACCACUUCAAACCUGCGCUCCUGAAGAUGGGCUACGAGUCCAUUUGGCGAAAGCGACCUCGCGCGACAAGCGCUGAUGGAUGCUGUGUUGCAUGGCGUUCUGAUCUCUUCCGGCUACUGGAAGAGGAGAACGUGGAAUUCAUUGACAGAACUUGUCCAGUGCAGGGCAACGAGUUCAAGGACCGCAUUGCUUUGAUCGCACUCCUCCAGCAGAAAGGAAGCCGGCAGAAGAUCUGCCUGGUCUCCACUCAUUUGCAGAGAAAUCCGGAGGAUUUGGCGCAGGAGAUGCUUCGUGCAAAGCAAGUGGGUCAAGUGCUACGCGCCUUGGUUGACUUUGCCACGAAACACGAUGUCUUUGAGGUCCCGGUGGUCUUGGCAGGGGACCUAAAUUGCAGCUCGUUCGGUCGGUUGAGAGGUGUGGCCAACACGCUCUCAUUGCUGAACCGCGACGUGGUUUUGCAUCCCUUCACCUUCGACACGGCCGACGUCCCCACGGGAGUCACCUCCGUGACAUUGGCGCGGAAGCUGCGGAUCGAUGCCAUCGUCUAUCAGUGUCAACGCUUGGAGCUGGUUGAUGUGCAGGAAUCUCCUGACCUGCACGAAGCAAUUCCAAAUGAGCGCCAUCCAUCAGACCAUGUGCCCAUCGUAGCACGCUUCCGUUGCCGCUCUCAGCGUGGUCGGAAUGGACUUCGCCACGUGGCGAAGGAAUGGUUUUGGAGCCUUGCUGGUCACUUGGCAGUAGAUAUUGAGGUGCUUCUUGAGAGUGCUUUGGGGGAAGCGGAGAACACGGAAAGCCAUGUGCGUGUGCAUGAGUACCUCUUCCCAAUGUAUGUGGUCAAAGUCUCGGAUUUUCUACAGAUGGAGGGAGUGCUGUUCAUCUCUCACCAGUGGUUGGGGGCCAAAGCUCCAGAUCCCAGCGGACAGCAGCUGUUUGUGCUACGCCAAGCACUGAAACGCUUCAUGGACAAGUCCUUGCUGGUGGAGGAGGACCUCACACGAAUGUUUCGUUCCUUUCACAACGCCACCAGCUAUGAGCAGGUUGCAGAUGGCUACCUUUUCCUGGACUGGUUUGCUAUCCCGCAGAUCACAGCCAGAACUGAUGGAGUGAACGAAGAUGCAACGAGAUCAGAUGCGGCCUUGGCAGUUCAGAGUAUUCCUGCCUAUGUAGAAGCUUGCGAUUUGUUUGUUGCUUUGGUCCCCGAACAAGUUCAUAGUGACACUGGUCUCGCGUGCAACUAUAUGUCUUGGCUGUCCAGAGGAUGGUGUAGGGCAGAACUCUGGUGCCGAUUGCUGUCAAUUCGACAUGAUACGAAAGUUAUCGUGCUAUUCUCCGCCAAAGAAGCUCUUUACAUUUUACCUUACGAUUGGCAACGGCAUCUUGUUGCAGACGGUUUGUUCACCGUGGAGAGCGAUCGUGCAGUGGUGGUGAAACUGGGAGAAAUGGCUCUGAACAGCAAGAUUUCGCACCUUCGGAAGUCGGGCAUGCUGACUGAGUACCGUUUUUACCUGGCUCGUCGGCCUGCGUUGCUGAAACAGCAGCAGGAAAAGUGGAACCUCCAGGGUUUCUUGGACCAUUUUUGUUUUCCAAACCUCGAGGAUGCUGUGAGGCUUGAAAGCGGCAUGACAGGGAUGAUGUGUGCCAUCAUGGCUGGAGAUGUGGACAUGUUGAAGAUCUUGGUGGAGCACCGGGCAGAUCCCAAUGGCCGAAUCCGUGGCCUGGCAGAGCUGGGGUAUUACGAUGAACAGACACCGUUGAUGGUGGCAGUGAAGAGCUACCAGGAGCCACAUUUGUUGUCGGCGCUGAUGUCCUUACACGCAGAUCCAAACGGAUUCGCCAUUUCCGGACAGAUUACAACUCCUGCUUGGCUGGCCUCGCGACCUGGUCAUGUGAGGGUCCUGUUGGAGAACAGAGCAGAUUUGGUGACUACUCAAGCACUGAACGGCGUAGCAGGGCGGCAAUCUUCCGAAACCCUCAGAGCCUUCUUGGAGACAAAAUGCGAUCCUACGCGCCUUGCAUCUGAUGGGUUUCAUGCUUUGCAUGCCGUACCCGUCUUUGGUCGAGCCAAUCCUGAUGCCUGCAACAACCUGAAGCUCCUGUUGUCCUUCCGCGCUGAUGUGAAUGUGCAGGCUUCACCCACGGGACCCCUGUACUGGGAAUGCCUGCGGGCUGGAAUCUACACAUCACUGUGGGGCUUGGAAGGAAGUGCUUACAUGCGUAAAAUGGCCAGCCUCCCUGGUUCGACACCUUUGUCGGUGGCUGCAACCUUUGGAGACAAGGCACUGGUGCAAUUGCUGUUGGAGAACCAUGCCGACCUGCAGAUUGCCAAUGAUCGAGGAGAUACCCCAGAAGACUUGGCCAGGGCCUGUGGUUACAGCGAUUUGCUGCCCAUCCUUUCCACCUUUGCAGUAAACCUGCUGGCUAUGGGGAACACUGCGUCUUUGUGCCGCCCCAAAGAGGAAGUGCCGAAGAAGGCAUUCUCACAAUGCGAUGUGCGAGUGCAUCAGUAUUUGUUUCCCAUGUACGUGGUCAAAGUCUCGGAUUUUCUGAAAAUGGAUGGGGCCCCCGAACCGCACCAUGUCUUGCAAGAGAAGGGAUUGCUUCACGAGUGGCAGCCAGGAAUGUUUGUGAUUUUUAUCUCUCACCAGUGGUUGGGAACCAAGUUUCCAGAUCCCCUGGGUCACCAAGUGGACCUGCUGCGUGAAGCCUUGCGUCGUUUGAUGGACAAGUCUCUGAAAGUGGAGGCGGACCUCACGCGUAUGGACUUUGGGGAAGCCAUCAGCUACGAGCAGGUCGCAGAUGGCUAUCUCUUCCUGGACUGGUUCGCAAUCCCGCAGAUCACAGCUAGAACUGAUGGUGUGAAUGAAGAUGCAACGAGAUCAGAUGCGGCCUUGGCAGUUCAGAGCAUUCCUGCCUAUGUAGAAGCCUGCGAUUUGUUUGUUGCUUUGGUUCCAGAGCUUGUUCAUAGUGACACUGGCCUUCCAUGCAACUACAAGACGUGGCUGUCCAGAGGAUGGUGUAGGGCAGAGCUUUGGUGUCGCUUGCUGUCCAACAGGCGGGACACCAGUGUGAUCGUGAUAUUUUCUUCCCACGAAGCGUUGUACAUUUUCCCCUUGGACUGGCAGAAGAACACCAUUUCCAACGGCCUCUUUACUGUUGAAAGUGACCGUGCGGUGGUAGUCAAACUUGGCGAGAUGGCCUUGAAAUCCAAGAUCCAGCACCUGAGAGAAGCGGGGCCUCUCACUGAAUAUCGUUUCUAUUUGGCCCGUCGUCCUGCCUUGCUGAAUCAGAAGCAAGAAAAGUGGGACCUCAAUGGAUUCUUGGAGUAUUUUGAUUUUCCAAACAUGGAGGCGGCAGUGAAGCAGGAAAGUGGCAUGACCGGCAUGAUGUGUGCAGUCCUGGCUGGUGAUUUGGACAUGUUGAAGAUCUUGGUGGAGCACCGGGCAGAUCCUAACGGUCGGGCCAGUGGUCUCGCGGAUUUGGGCUAUUAUGACACGCAAACACUGUUGAUGGUUGCCGUCAAAAGCCAUCAGGAUCCUUCAGUCUUGUCUACACUCAUGAGUCUACGCGCAGACCCGGAUCUUGUUGCCAGAUCGGGGAUUGGUGCCAUGUGGUUAGCCUUGGAUCCUGGGCAGGUCCAAGUCUUGCUGGAGCACAAGGCUAUCUUGGAGCAUAGCGCCUUGAACGGCGUUGCUGGAAGAGCUUCCUCUGCCACUGUCCGUGUGCUCCUGGAGAAUAGGUGUGAUGCUGGCUGCCGCUCCUUCGAUGGCUUUUCACCACUCCAUGCUGUGCCGACCUUCGGUCGUGCAAAUCCACAUGCUUGCGAAACCACGCAGCUGCUGUUGGCAUUUCGGUCGGAUGUGAACGUUCAAGCGCAGCCUUCGGGCCGAAUGUUCUGGGAGUGCUUUCGAGCGCGAGUUCAUACCGCAGUGUUCGGCCUCCAAGCCUCUGCAUAUCGACGGAAGCUUGCCUCCCUCCCAGGAGCAACGCCCUUGUCUAUAGCAGCCGUCAUGGGCGACAAGGCAUUGGUCCAGCUCCUGCUGGAAAAUGAUGCGCAAGUUGACAUCCCGAACAAUCGUGGAGAUACAGCUGAAGACUUGGCUAGGGCUUUUGGGCACCAUGAUUUACUCCAAAUCCUAUCCACCUUUGCGGUCUAAAGCGCGGUGGAAAUGGACAGCCAAAGUGCUGCCCAACUUUGACUUCAGUAUCAUCCUUUGAUAAUGCUGGAGAUGAACUCUCUCCUACUGGUCAGAGUGAAGAAGCGCUGCAGAGUGGAUACAGGGUAUAGAAAGGUAUAGUUCUUGCAAGAUGAGGUGGACAACCC